AUGGAUCCUAAUCCUCCGAAACCAAUACUUCCCAAUUUAAAUCUUCCUCCGCCUGAUUCACCUGAGCAAGAACUUCCGGUACCUCAGUCACCGCAACCGCAACCACCAAACUACUCUCCACCACCACCAAACUACCCUCCACAACCUAACUCUCCUUGGCAAUCACCGACCAACUUACCUCCAUCGUCACAUUCUCCACCACAACAGCCGCUAAACUUACCACCACAGCCACAGGUAUUAGUCCAAGAUCCUCGGCCGCAAUCACCGGAAGACUCGUGGCCAGACCCAGACGCUUCACCACAAGAAUCAUGGCCAGAGGAGCCACAACCUUCACCUCAACAUGAAUUCUUAGUCGAAACCCCCGGAGGAGUCGUCACCGUCACAUUACCACACUCUCCGCGAAGUCAGCUGCGGCCAGAUGUACUUUCUACACCGGAAACGUCAGACUCUCUACCAGACUCAUCAGACGCUCCAACCGACACAGCAUCAGGAAAUACUUCCUCUCUUCCUCCCUCGCAAUGA